GCGCCGAUCAGUGGCGAUCCUGUGCGAGCUGGCGAUGGAGCGCCAGUUCAACAUGGGUGGCAUCACAGGCCGCCAGUUGGUGGCCAGGAUGUCAGCCUUCCGCCGCCGCUGUGAAGGCAGGACAAUGGAGCAGCUGGUGGAAUUCACCCUUCCGCAGUUGGUACAGCCGGCUGCGGACCACCUACACGACGACGCCACCACGCUCCUGCUCAAGGUGGACACCCCGGUCCCGGAGAAUGACAGGGAAUGGAUCCUCUCAGAACAGGUUGGCCGCGUCCAGGACCCUCAGCGACAUCAGGUUGAGCAAUUCAGCCUCCUCCUGUUACGCAGGUCUCUGGUUCCCCAACUGCGGACCCCGGAUGCGGCUAUGGUGCUGGAACGCCUCAUGUGCAACGCUGGGGGAUGCUUAUAUAGAGACUUCAUUUUGCUCUUCUGGCGCCUCCUGUCUGAUGCGGACAGAUACAGCUUUCAACAGUGGUACCAGGGACGGUGUGAAGGGGCUCUCGGGAUCCAUGAGCCACUCUACACCCACAUCAAACACGUGAUGGGCCGUCCCGGUCCCAAAUCCGGGACCAAUGCGGGAACCGUCACUCUGCUGCACUUCGAAAUCACUACUUUGAUGGGAGAUGGCUCCCUUUCCACCUUUGACAUUGCGUCCCGAAUGGGCACGCGCAGGCAUCGUAGUGGCUGCUCAGGCGGCCAGUUGGGUGCCAACCCAGGCUUAGGGUCACAGCAGGGCGGAGUCAUGAUUAUCCUCAGCCGCAAACUGGUGCGUCCAGAUCAGGUAUCCCUAAAGUGCUACUGGCAGGCUAAGCAGCAGGUCAGACUGGACCAGCAUCGCACGUCGGGCUUCUAUGCCCUGCGACCUUUGAUACGCCUGUGGCGUUCCACCUGCCGGCUGCGCAGUCUGGACAAACAACUGCGGAAGCGUGUGAAGGAGCGAAAGAUGGCCAAAGUGGACUCUCUCAUUGCAGAAGCGCAGCAGCUAGACAGUAAGGAAAUAGGCGCACUGCACUUAGUGGCGCGGAGCAUUCGCCCCAAGCAACCCAAACGCUCCAUACACUUUCGUACGUCUGACGGCCUCCUAAUGGGCGAGCAGGAAGAAGUGAUCUGCAUUCGUGACUUCUUCGCCGAACUGUAUCAGUCUCAAACCAGGGUCAGUACCGUGCACAUUCUUACAGAAUCUCUUGAUAUCCAGGAAUGGGAGGUCCAAGAGGCACUUCGUAGCUUGCCGGCCCGCAAAGCUUUGCCGCCUGGCCAAGCGCCCGCGCUGCUGUGGAAGCUGGCAACAGAUGACAUCUCCAAGGCGACCUGUCAGGAUGCGGUCUAUGGAGGGCUACAGCUUUCUCUAGACAUGGCGAAAGCAUACGAUAGGCUUCCUCGCGACCUCCUUAGACGGGCCUUAGAAUGGAUCGAGACCCCUGAGCCCCUUAUCACCUUGAUACUGUACAUACACGACCAUGCCAGCAUUGUCAUUUGCAGACAUCACUUCACCGAGCAUGUGGGAAUGGGGAGAGGGGUCAGGCAAGGCUGCGGGUUAUCGCCUCUGCUGUGGAUUGCAUUCACCCUCCUCAUCCAUGACCGACUCAGCCAGUACCUACCCAUCGAGGCGCAAACCAGCUACGCGGAUGAUUUUCACAUUCAGUGGGAGAUCACAACAGAGCAAGAGUUCAGAGCUGCAUGCCACACCAUCCCGCGCAUCCUAGCAGAUCUAGCUUCAUUAGGCAUGGAGGCAGGGCAGGAGCAAGUGCAGAUUUGGGCCCAAAGCAAGUUGGGCGUCAGCCGACCCUGCCAGUGGUGUGGUGAUAGUACCUUUGCCCGUGCGGCCUCGCGACCCUUCAUGUCCGACCUGGCGGCGGAAAUGCUGGAGGCUCAGGCCGAGUUCAGUGCCUUCGGCGCGUACAUGCAUACCCCGCCGGCACUGCAGCAACGGCGGGCGAAGGAGUCCGAGGCAUCGGUUCCCUCGACGGAUCUGGGUUCGACACCGGCCCCAAGCCUGGCAGAGAGCGAUCAGAUGGAGACGGAUCGGGACCGCGAGAAGAGGACUGCGGACCCAUCAGCGGCCAAGGAUGCGCCCCCACCUUCCAAGUGGGCCAAGGGGGAUGCCAAGGGGGAUGGCAAGACGGAGGAUGUUCAGUCGGGCAAGGGCCGAGCUCUGGACAGCCAGCCACCGCAGGCAGCUCGGGGAUCGGGACAAGGUGCGGGGCAGGGCUCAGGACAGGGCUCCGGGCAGGGCUCCAAUCCCAGGGACAGCCGGGACAUGGACAAGGCGGGCAAUCCGGGUCCACGCGCGGGCUCCCAACAGCUGGCCAACUGGCGCCGGACAGGAGGAUACCGGCAGUGGCCGAACAACCAGAAUGGCGGCAAUCAGCGCUGGGAGAGCAAGGAUGCCAAGGAGCUUCGCGAGCUCAAAGAGGCAGUUCGGGCCAUGGGCCGGCUGAGUCUGAGGAUGGAGGACGCCUUGGGUGUCCUCCAUCUAGACUCAGAAUACAUCCUCUUUUUGCAAACAGAAGCGGCUGGCAACGAAUGGGCAAUUACUCAGCAGCUCUACGACACAGCAGUAGAGUGGAACCGCCAGAAAGAGGCGGAUCCGUCCGCCCUAACGAACCCGAUGAGGAAUAUCCUCCUAUACAACAUGUACAACGCCCUCCUCAUGAAGCUGGAAGCCCUGGAAGUGGACACGAACUUGAUGACUGCCGCGAAGAAUCGCGGCCUCAUAGAGGGCACAUCGUACGUGUUUCUGCAAUGGGAUCAGGCGACCCGCAGGCAUGUGAAGGCAACCGCCCAGCCGAUCGAGCACGAGGAGGCGGUCACCAUGGUGAAAACCCUUCGCUACCUGUCGAUGUUCCCGAACGUAGUGGGCAGGUUUCAUGCGUUGAGACGCAUGGAGGACAACCUCAACGGCGAUAUUAUCCCCUUUUCACUCGUGGCCCAGAACCGCACGGCCGAGUCCCAUCAAUUAUUCGCCCUUAUGGGCCGGCUAGCGCGCAACAGCAUUUGGCACCUCAUCGCUGCCACGAUGAGGCCAGCCAAACCGAGCAGAUCGCCGCUCGCGAAGUAUGUGGACAAGCUGGUCCGACAGCUGUAG